ACGUAAUACGUUCAAAGAUGACUUCGCCAAAUCUAACCGUCAUCUACAUGGUGCAGUUUGCCGUUAGGGGGCGCCAAUAUCUCACCUGUUUCUCAAAAUUUCUCAAAGUUUUCCCAAUACCCACAAUUCAACUAGCCCUUGGAAUUACUGCCCUACCUGCCUGCACUUGCACCCGUACAACAAAUCGCUUGUGUCUGUACAGCCGGCCGCUCCCCAUAACCACUCUCACAGAGGGAAAAUACAAGCGUGGAAUUCUCGGCACCGAACAAGGGGACACAUGACUGGCAGUUGCUUUAUACAAAUGAUACGGCUGAAAAACUGAACUUUAUAUUGUAUGGAUAUGCUAUGACCAACGAGUUUUGCUUCGGGUUUGCGGGACACUGCGCUUUUUGCACUCUGGAAGGUGAAAACAUUUACCUUUUUGUGGACCGUAACAGGAAGUAGUUUGUAAAAACACAAUGGGGAGUAAGGAGCGCUAUCACUGGCAGACCCAGAAUGUGAAGGUGAGCGGCGUGGACGACAUGGUACUGCUGUCCAAGAUUAAUGAGGACGCCAUCACGGACAACCUCAAGAAGAGAUACAUGGACGAUUACAUCUUUACCUACAUUGGCCCUGUGCUGAUCUCUGUCAAUCCCUUCAAACAGCUGCCAUACUUCACAGACCGAGAGGUGGAGUUGUACCAGGGGGCAGCCCAGUAUGAGAACCCACCACACAUUUAUGCCCUGGCAGACAACAUGUACCGUAACAUGAUGAUCGACCAGGAGAACCAGUGUGUCAUAAUCAGCGGGGAGAGUGGAGCUGGGAAGACCGUAGCAGCCAAGUACAUCAUGAGCUACAUCUCCAAAGUAUCAGGUGGUGGGCCCAAAGUUCAGCAUGUGAAAGAAAUCAUCCUUCAAUCCAAUCCUUUGCUGGAGGCCUUUGGGAACGCCAAGACUGUCCGUAACAACAACUCCAGUCGCUUUGGUAAGUACUUUGAGAUUCAGUUCAGCCGUGGAGGUGAGCCCGAUGGAGGGAAAAUAUCCAACUUCCUUCUGGAAAAGUCCAGAGUGGUAUCCCAGAACCAAGGAGAGAGGAACUUUCACAUCUACUACCAGCUCCUUGAGGGCGCUACCAAAGAACAGAGAGAGAACCUUGGCGUCACCACCCCCGACUACUACUUCUACCUCAACCAGUCUGGGACCUACACUGUGGAGGACGUCAAUGACAAGAAGGAGUUCUCUGACACCAUGGAUGCCAUGUCAGUAGUGGGCCUCACUGCAGAUGAGCAGGCCACAGUGCUGCAGAUAGUGGCAGGUAUUCUUCACCUGGGCAACAUCGCAUUCAGAGAGGAGGGCAACUACGCCGUCGUGGAGAGUGAGGACUUCCUGGCAUUCCCAGCUUACCUCCUGGGCAUCUCCCAGAACGGGCUGAAGGAGAAACUUACCAGCCGCAUCAUGGACAGCAAGUGGGGGGGGAAGUCUGAGAGCAUCUCCGUCACUCUCAACACAGAGCAGGCCUCGUUCUCCCGGGACGCCCUCUCCAAAGCCCUCUACUCCCGCCUCUUCGACUACCUUGUGGAUGCCAUUAACAAAGCCAUGCAGAAAGACCAUGAAGAGUUUAAUAUUGGAGUGUUGGACAUCUAUGGCUUUGAGAUCUUCCAGAAAAAUGGUUUUGAGCAGUUCUGCAUCAACUUUGUGAAUGAGAAACUACAGCAGAUUUUCAUUGAGCUGACGCUGAAGGCAGAGCAGGAGGAGUAUGUUCAGGAAGGGAUCAAAUGGACACCUAUUGAGUAUUUCAACAACAAAGUAGUGUGUGACCUCAUUGAGUCUAAAUUGAAUCCACCAGGAAUCAUGAGCAUCCUGGAUGACGUGUGUGCCACCAUGCAUGCCAAGGGCGAGGGUGCAGACCAGACGCUGAUCCAGAAACUGCAGAUGCAGAUUGGCACCCAUGAACACUUCAACAGCUGGAACAAGGGCUUUGUGGUGCACCACUAUGCUGGAAAGGUGUCAUAUGACGUGACUGGCUUCUGUGAGAGGAACAGAGACGUACUCUUUAAUGACAUCAUAGAGCUAAUGCAGAGCAGUGAAUUCAAUUUUAUCAAAGACCUUUUCCCAGAAAAUCUGGAGGCUGAGAAAAGGGGUCGCCCCACCACUGCAAGCAGCAAAAUCAAGAAACAGGCCAACAACCUGGUCCAGACGCUUAUGAAAUGCACCCCUCAUUAUAUCCGCUGCAUCAAGCCCAAUGAGACCAAGAAGCCCCGUGACUGGGAGGAGAGCCGUGUCAAGCACCAGGUGGAGUACCUGGGCCUGCGAGAGAACAUCCGGGUCCGCCGCGCUGGUUAUGCCUUCCGCCGAGUCUUCAGCAAGUUCCUGCAUAGGUACGCCAUCUUGACAAAGGAGACCUGGCCACAGUGGCGUGGGGAUGAGAGGCAGGGGGUGCUGCACCUGCUGCGCUCUGUCAACAUGGACCAAGAUCAGUACCAGCUGGGCAAGUGCAAGAUCUUCAUCAAGGCCCCAGAGUCUUUGUUUCUUCUGGAGGAGAUGAGAGAGAGGAAGUUCAAUGGCUAUGCCCGAGUCAUUCAGAAGGCCUGGCGCAAGCACAUUGCUGUCCGAAAGUAUGUCCGCAUGAGGGAGGAAGCCUCAGAUAUCCUGCUGAACAAGAAAGAGCGGAGAAAGAACAGUAUCAACCGCAACUUCGUGGGCGACUACAUUGGCACCGACAACCACCCGGAGAUCCGGCAAUUUGUGGGUCGAAGGGAGAGGAUUGACUUUGCUGAUGUGGUGGUCAAAUAUGACCGCAGGUUCAAGUCAGUGAAGCGUGACCUUAUACUUACUCCCAAGUUCCUGUAUCUGAUUGGGCGUGAAAAGGUUAAGCAGGGCCCAGACAAGGGUCAGAUCCAGGAGGUUCUGAAGAGGCAGAUUCAGCUGGAGAAGGUCCAGUCUGUCUCUCUGAGCACUCUCCAGGAUGAUUUCUUCAUCAUACACGAGGAGCAUUAUGACAGUGUGCUGCAGUGCAUUUUCAAAACUGAGUUUCUCAGCCUGCUAUACAAGCGUUACGAAGAGAAAACUCAGAAGAAGCUGCCACUCAAGUUCAACAACCUGCUGGAGUUCAAGGUGAAGAAGGGGGGCUGGGGUCCUUUUGGGGCAGCUGGCUCUAGGCAAAUCCAGUUCCAGGCUGGCCAAGGGGAUGAGGUGCUUCUGAAACCCAGUGGCAAAGUCCUGAUAGUCAGCAUUGGACCAGGACUCCCAAAGAACUCCAGACCUACCCGCCGUGACAACCGAAAGAGCAAGUACUUUGGGAACCAGACACCCAACUCAGGAUACCAUUCUCAAGGAAAUCCCAGGGGUGGUGGCCGAGGAGGAGGUGACCGUCAGCGCGGGAGUCAGCCCUCAUCCAGGGCAUCCCUGCUCCGUCAGCAGAGCAGCAUGGAGCAGCCCAGCCUUCCCCGGCACCAUGGGCCUCGGCCAGUUCAGAACCGGAACCAGCCCCAGAUGGAUAUGGGCUUCAUGAAUGUGCCUGAUCAGGGCGUCGCUGGGCUCCACCGCAGGCGCUCCAAAGAAUACAAGCCCCCCCCAGGAGCAGGCCGACCAAAGCCUGCCCCCAAACCGAAACCUCGCUCCCCUCAGUGCCGAGCGCUGUAUGCUUAUGAUGCUCAGGACACCGAUGAGCUUAGCUUCAACGCAGACGACAUCAUCGAUAUACUGACUGAAGAUGCGUCUGGCUGGUGGUAUGGCCGUCUAAGGGGGAGAGAAGGCAUGUUUCCUGGGAACUAUGUGGAAAAGAUGUAGACCUGACACACCACUGCCAGAGUUCUGAGAGAAAUGGAGUCUAAAAACAUUCUGCUGUCCUACAGUGACGACUUCAGCAAUGAGCACAGCAUUAGACAGUACUCAUCCCAUACUCCUCCCAAUGACUUUGACAUGUAUUAAUAUUGUUAUAGUAUAAUAUAGGUUGAACAAGUACAGCUGCUUCUACACAUGUGUAAAGUAGUUAGAUUGAUUGCCAGUUUUACAUGACAAUUUGAGGGAAACAAACUACAGAAAGAUUU